GCUGACGUCAGUGCGUCAGUCCAUAACAAGGCUGCAGCUGUCUGAGAGCAACAAUAACAAGCUGUACCAAGUCUCUACCGCGGUUAUACCGGACUGACAGCCACCAGAACCCCCGAUACUGGCACCAUGAUGCGUAUCCACUGAGUCCGGGAUCCACUGUCCGUCCUCCGGCUCCACGAGCAGGUCACCUCCACCGUCUGACUGUAAGCGAGCCUCGGCCGCAAGGGGAGCAGGGCCGUACGGGGCUGCAUCUGGGUCAGUGGGCCUGUGGGUGUCUGUGACGGAGCGUUCGAUUCCUCCGCAGUGUCAUCCGGUUUCACACACAUCUGGACCCGGUUCUGACCUGGGAACAUGCAGGCUAACGGGGCCGGACAGGACCGGGACCGGGACUCUGAGCUGUCCUGUCGGAACGGAGAUCAGAACGGGGAGUCCUCGUCCUCCUCCGGGACGGCGCACUCCAACGGGCUGCUCUCCGUCUCCAACAACGGCAACUCCGUCAGUAACAACAACAACAACGGCGUACCGGUCCAGACCGGGUCCAUCAACACCGGCGGCCCGACGGAGGCCAGCCCGGGCCUGAAGAAGAAGAAGAGGCUGUCCCAGUCCGAGGAGGACGUGAUCCGACUCAUUGGACAACAUCUACACGACCUGGGGCUCAAGUAAGUCAGCGGGCCAGCAGCCGAACCGGGCCAGGCUGGGGGGUGGGGGGGUCAGACAUGUGAACGUGUCCUCUGUAGAGUCAGCCUUCAGAGAGAAACCAGGAUAUUUAACACUGCUCUUAUGUUCUUAUGUUAUUAGGGACAUGGCGGGGAGAAGCCACCUCAAGUGUCCCCUUGAAAUUCUUGAUUUUGAUUGGCUGCUUUGUUGAUACAGAGAGGACUUGGAAUUUCACACCAGGCUACUGAAGCUUCUCUGUUUUUAAAGUAGCACAUUACAUUUUUGUUAGUCUCUGAAGUUUUUAAUAAAUGUUCUCAACACCUGUCAGAUGUGUGAAGAUGAUUUACAAAAAAAAAAAAAUUACACACAGUACAGCCCAUGGAUAGAGUCUGAGGGUAGCAGAGCUGGCACCAAAGCCUGCAUACAACUUCAUCUCCAUUUUCUUGAUUAAAAUACUGACAAACCACACCACAGCAACCAAUGACUUAUAUCUUCUGUGCUUGUUUAGAUACAGGUGGUAGAGCAUUGCAGUAUGUACUAACCAGAGCUACAGCACUGACCUGUAGUAGAGGACCACAGCUGAGACACAACAGAUGACUGAUAUUUUGGUUUUUCAGGCCCACAGUCAUAAACAUCAUGGAUGGGCAGAUAAAGCUUACACGGGCAAAAAAGAUUUUAAACUUUUAGGCUUCAGACUCCAACAAACAGUGAACGUCUGAAACACCAAAACAUCUCUAUUUACAGUUUAAGUCUGACUUAUUGAGCCUGUGCACAGUACUCACCUCACUCAUGGCUAGCUUUUUAAGUGAUACUUCUGGCUUUUAUUCUGAAAAGACCUAUCUUUACCUGCUUGCUAACCACCUGUUAACUGUCUGGCCUAAAUGCCAAAAGAAAUAUGAAAAAUCUUCAACUGUGGCUAGAUGCCUUUGUUUUACAGCUGUUCAGUUUAAAACAGGAGGAGAUGACAUGACUUUGUUUUCAGCUGGAAACCAUAAAACAGAAGCAUGACAGCGAGAGAUAAAAAGAGCGACUAAAGAGGAAAAACAGGAGCAAUCUGCUUUAUUUUGAUUCAUUUGACUCAGACAGUUAAACAGUAAAACGGUUUUCCAGGUUCCAGAAAAAUAAUGUUUGUUUGGUUUCUGGAUCCCAGAUAAAUCACCAAUAAUCCAUUGAUGUCCUGAGGUAACAUUUUCAGUGAGGAAACAUGAGCAUAGGCAGAGUGAUUAUUCAGUUUUAAGUUGCUGCUUGUUUUUAACUCAUGUCAGUUAGCUGGCUCUGUGUGACCAGAUGUUGUAGUUGAACUGAUGACUGUAAGUCAUCAAUAUACGCGACUCAAAUAACACCAGCUAUAUUACACCAGGCACAACAUAUUAUAUGUUUAUUACAAAGCUUUAGCCGAUUGGGAUUUAUAUGCUUGUUAUCUGAUUGUUUUAUUUUCUUGAUUGGAGCACAGAGUUGGAAAUUGAGAAAAAAUAAAAAUUGUGUUUUCUUCUGGUUUUACAUUUUUGGUUUCAUGUAAAAAAAUAAAAUAAACAGAGUGUCUGACAGUACACCAACCCAACUAUGGAGGAUGAAAAGAGACAGAAUGAAAUAUAUAAAUACAUCUUUAAAUAAAUACUUAAAUAUGUCAUUAAUAAAUUAAAAUUGGAAUUGAAUAAAUAAAUGUGUCAUUAAUUAAUCAAAAUACCAGUUCAUCCAAUGUAAAAACAUGUAUAAUUAUUUCACUAUUUAAUUAAUUCUUUCAUGGACCUGUGUUGCAGUGCUUCAUGAGUUUAUUUUAUCUGUCAAAUUCACCCAUCAAAGUCAGUGGGCAGAUCCUAACACCUGAUUGGUUACCUGGCACAUCAAGUCAAGACAGAUCAACUCCAGAUAAUGGAAUGAUGCAGCCACUCCACGGUGAAUGUCUUGGUCAGAGAGUGUGGGAAUAACUCCAAAAUUCCACACACUACAAGCUCUAGUUUAGUGUUUCUCAAUUUUUUUUUCAGUCACGGCACCUUUCAAUCGUGCAUAAAAUCUUACGCCACCCCAGUUUAAAGUACAAUUAAAAACGACACUGCAGAGCCUCUCUAGAAAUGCAAAUGUCCUGGUCAUUUAGAUGGGACAGUAUCAAUGAACAGAGCAUAAUACAAACUGAAAAUGCACCAGAGAUAAGUAGGAAUCUUUCUUUCCAUCCGUGCCUGCCUGCCUGACACAUACGUGCACGCACACACACGAUAAUCUGCAAUGACAGAGGAAGAGAGAUAGCCCCACAAUCACUAGCAUCUACCUUUGCGACCUUUGGUGCAGACUCAGAGCUGGUGGACGAAGACUUCCACACACACUGCAAGGUUUAAAAUAUCAAUAACCAACUCCUGCAACUCCUGAAAGUUUGAGCAUAUCCUUUGUAGAUGCUGUGUUGUGAAAGACUUCAGGUGUCAGGCCAAAGCAAUGUAUCACACUAGAACAGCAUUAGUCCCGCCUACUGACUUUGAUGGAUGAGUUUGACAGAUAAAAUAAAUUCAUGAAGCACUGCAACACAGGUCCAUGAAAAAAAUUAAUUAAAUUGUGAAAUAAUUAUAAAUGUUUUACAUUGAAUGAACUGGUAUAUUCAGUAAAUUAAUGACACAUUUAAUGGCACAUUUUUUAAAUUCCCAUUUAAUUAAUUAAUGACUUUUUAAGUAUUUAUUGAAAGAUGUAUUUUUAUAUUUCAUUCUGUCUAUUUUCGUCCUCCAUACCCAACAAGCUAGGGUGAUGAUCUGAGUCUAAUCCUCAUCUUUGGGGAUUUAUUUGUUUUCACUUUGCCUCAUUUGCUUUUAAUAUCAGUGUGGUAUGUAAACGUAAGAUAUUAAAUUGGUGUAGACAGAAAGAGUAAGUGAAUGGUAUUUGUUCAUACAACCCACCCUUCAGAAAAAAUUUUUGACCUGCCUCUGUAUAAGAAUCCUGAAAAAGUGCGUGUUGUCUUCACAGCAGGCCUAACAGGUGAAUCAGGCCCGCGGCUAAUGACACACACACACACACACACACACACACACACACACACACACACACACACACACACACACACACACACACACACACACACACACACUCACACACACACCCAAGUGAGUGUAGAUAAACCUGUAUUGGACUAACCCUAACCCUUGUAAAGGAUGUUCUUUCUGAUCUUUGCUGUACAUAGUCAGCUGUUUCAGUGAUCACAAUCAGCCCUAUGCAGCUUCUGAACAGAGUCCAGUCUGAGAGGACAAGUGUUUAUUUUCUGUUGAAAUGUUCUGCAGUCUGUGCUAAAUGAGAAAAAAUAACAUGAGAAAGAGACAAACAUCGUUAAGUGUUUAAAUUUAGUAAGAGAGCGAGUCAGCUGAUAGGUGAUAUCCAAAUACACUUUAGUAAUACUGAAGAUAAUACCGCUGAACGUGAGUGAACAUUUCAUUGAAGAAGUGUAGACAGAAAGAUUUUUUGGUGCAGGGAAAUAUUUUAAAAAAGGACAAGUAGGUUUCUGGACAGCUGAUUGAAAAGGAUAAAAUUGAAGACUAAUAUUUGGGUUUAAAAUAAAUUUAAAAAGUCAUGUGUAAAGCUAUUACUCAAUGAGAAAUCAGAUCAGCCAUGCUGUAAGAUUUUUGCCCACUGGGGGCACCACAAUCAACAAUUCAUGCUGAAGAUGCUUCUUUUAUGAUUUUCAGGUCAUUAAUUGGCUGAUUUCCUACAAACUGUUUUUAGACCGAAGCCUCCUGUUAAGGGACUUUCUGGAUUGUGUUGAUUCUUAAGUUUUUUUAUUCAUAGGUCCAUGUAGCUACUCAAAAUUAACUCAGCCUGUAAAUAUCAACCAUUGACUGUAUAUAGAAUGGACGCCAUCUGCCUCCCUAAGAACAGCACUCGUUGGUGUUGGGCUGCUGUAUUGGUCAUAAAUCCCGCCUCCUCCAGCAAUCCCUAUGGAGUUGUGGACAAACUUUAGAAAUUAAUUACACAGAACAUAAAUUUUUCUCCCCCCUAAUUGCAAUGUUGACAUUUAGUUACUGUAAGACUGGUUUGUGCUCAAGUCCUCUUUCUUUCUGUACAGCUCCAUUUUUACAAGUUAUUAGGGGGUUCAUGUUUUCUAUGAUUGACACUUGAUACAGCUUAUGGGCGUAUGAAGAUUGCGUAGCUCACCUGGGGGAAACGCUGUUUCAGCCGAGCAUCAUCACAGCGACUCUUGGUGACUCUUAUGCGUACAACACUACUGGGCAAUGUUGGUACCAGGAAAUGGAGAAGAUCACGGAAAUACAGAGAGCUUUUUGGCUUCAAAUCUGUAUACUGCGGAAGGCAGAGCCAAGUUGUCCAUGGUAUAUAUACAGUCUAUGAUAUCAACACACUACACUGCAAUACUUAAAAGUUAAGUGCUCAAACUCUGUAUGCUAUCUCAAUAUUCCAGCUUUAUUGUUCUUCAGUAUGAAAUAUUAGAAGAGCAUCCAGGGAGCGUUGAUCAUGUUACUUUGUUUUAAGUUUCAAUAAUGACAGAAUAAUGACUCUGUUGACAUGUCUUCACUACACUGUCAUUCGUAGAUCAGGAAUCUGAUAAUAUAGUUAAAAAACGUAUGUAAAGUAUGACUUCACCAGGAGGGCCACACUCCUCUCUCUAGUGAAUGUGACCACCCUUCAAAAAAUAUACAGGCUAAAAUUACAACUACAAGAAGAACAAUGACCUUUAUUUAUCCAGCACCUGUCCAAACAGAGUUCAAAGUGAUUCACACCUAAAAAUAGAAAGACAGUAAGGUUAAAGCAGUCCACAGCUUCAACAACAACAACAACAACAACAACAACAACAACAGGACAUCUGUGAAAACAAGUCAACAAGAACAAGCUCAUGUUUAUAAAAGUAAUGCAAAAGUUAGACCGAUCAAAAGUCAUAAAGUCAAAACUCAGGGUUAGGGUUUGAACCAGUGACCAAGUGAAAGUGCUCUUGGAAAAUGUGUUUUAAAAGACAUUUUAAGUCUCAUUUGGAUCUUGGCCAGUCUGAUCUGUUCAGACCACAGCUAAAGAGACCUGGGGCCUGUUCUACGAAGCAAGUUCAACUUAGACUCAACUUAGCGCAGUAGCCAGCGGUCUCGCUAAGCGGUUUUACGACGCUGGUUAUCAACCUCAUAAGUGGAUCCAGCUUUGCUAUGAGCGCGUGCACACAUAUAAGGCGGAGCCCGCCGCAUCUGACCAAUCGCGAACAUGGACCAGUCUGGAGCGUCAGAGCAGGCUGGAGAGUGAAGGACUGCGGACUUUACAAACGAGGAGCAGAAGACGAUCAUGAGAAAGUAUGAAGAAUUCAAAGCUACCAUAAACCUCAAAAGCAACACCGUCGCCGCUGCAAAAGCACGGAAGGAAUGCUGGCAGAAAAUGCAUCUUUGAUGCCAUUAUCACCCUGAAAUAGCACUGUUCAACACGCACUUUUAACUAAGGUGACAGUCCCCGAAUUGGAUGAUCCGUCCCCGGCUAAAACUGUCCCCGAAAAUGUCCCCGAAAAUGUCCCCGAUUUAAGCGUUUCAUGAAUGAGAACAAAAAUGUUGCAUGUGGGCUAGAACAACGGUUGUUACAGUAGGUAGGAAGCACAAGUAAGCAGUCCUGAACAACAGUAUUUACGGGGCUAUUAUAAGGGGCGUGCGCCGCGACUAAAUAGUACCGAGAUGUUGUCUGUGAUCACGCAGCCCAUGCCCAUUCAUUUCCAAGAUGAAUUCAUUCAUUUGUUCAUUCCUAUCGUGUUUACAUUUUUUGUGUGAUAUGUAGGCCAUAUGAGCCUUUCAUAAAGGUGGUCAUCCGGAAAAGUAAGUGGGUCCGUGCAGUGCCUGAAAACUCUCGCGAGCCGGAGUGCUCCUCGGACAAUGCGAGCACCGAGGUCUACAGGAUCCUCCGAGAACGGACAAGCAGUUUUCGAGAGAGCUCAUUGGUCAGUGGGCGGGGUUUUUAUGCUCGGUGAGUUCAAUCUGGAACUUAACCUGCCCCGGAGCAGGUUAGCCGUUCAGCGUAUGUUGCUAUGGAGACUCGCCUCGCUAAGAAGUGAACCCGCGUCGUAGAACAGGAAACCCCGAACUUACCCUCGAAGUUACCUCGCUAAGCAGUAAUCCUGCUUCGUAGAACAGGCCCCUGGUCCUUGGUAGUCCUGAGUCUGGAUCAGUGACUGCGUUCAAAAGGUAUGAGUAGGUCCAGAGAGUGCUGAAAAGAUAUAAAGAUUUUAAAACGGGGUGAUACAGUCUCCUUUUAUCCAUCUGUGAGAAGUCUGUAUCCCAUAAACUUUAGGAUUUUAUCUUUUUGAACACAUCUCCUAUCAUCUUUUACAUUUGUAAUGUGGCCAAUGGCCAUGAUGCUCUUCACAGUGAUUACGUGUUUAUCAGAAGAAGUCAUCUGACUGAUGAUAAGAUAAAAAGGCUGUCACAGUUUUCCAGUCUGAACAAAACUUCAGCACAUGGUAACACUGUGACUUCAUAGAAGAUCUUUACGCUGAUUACCGCACAUCACAAAACAGAGGAGAGGUGAAGAAGAUGCAGCAGCUGCUAGUGAGCUAACUGUAGCAUCCCCCUAAGAGAUGAUUCAGCACUUUAAGAAACUGGCAUUCAGAUUUAUUCAUUCAACAUUAGAGUUUGAGUCUCUUCAGGUUACUGAUCAAUUCAAAAGUUAGACUGUUUAACUGCUCUUUAACUGUUUUCAGUCAGCGCAGUAACUCAUGAUCUACCGGGAGUAGCUCAUCCCUUAAAAUAAAAGAGUGAGAAACAGUCUUUUUCUGAGAGGAUUUCUUGUGUAAGGAGGGUUCUGUGUCAGAGCUGCUGAUGUGGAUAAAUCAGAUGAUGCUAUGGAUGAUAUCUGUUAGGUAAUUGUGUUUAUGAGGAAAGUUUAUGAAGUAAUAUGUUGUUUGACUCCUAUCUUUCCUUCUCCAAGACAGCUGACAGCUCAGAGCUGUAACCUUAGAGUAAUUUGAAUGUUUCUGGAGUAAUGAUGAAGAAAGAAAGGACAAGGCUUUGGUAAUUUUCACAGACAUACUUAUUUCAUAUGGUUUGAUCACAUGAUUGUUUUCCUUGUAGUUCCUGUGUUCGAUGUGUCCUGAGCUCAGAGACAGUGUGACGUGAUUCAUUAUUGACUCUGAGUGCUUUUUCUCUCUGGUUGUUGCAGUCAGACGGUGGAUCUCCUGAUGCAGGAGUCUGGCUGCAGGCUGGAGCAUCCCUCUGCCACCAAGUUUCGAAACCAUGUCAUGGAGGGGGAGUGGGACAAGGUAUGUGCUCUAGGAGUAACCUUGACAGAAAUCCUGACAAUUUCUCAGCUGUGAAGUUCAAUCUUUGUCCUUGCUCUAUCUGCUUAGGCUGAGAGCGACCUGAAUGAGCUGAAGGCGUUGAUGCAUUCUCCCAGUGCCAUUGUGGUGAGUUUAGAGAAGUUGGAGAACAAAAAAAUAGAAAAAAGAAAAAAUAGAGCCUGAAGCUGGGUCUACACAAGCUAAAAGCCCAAGAUCUCAAAGAAACAACAUACACACGACAUUGCUUUCCCCUCUGCAACCAGGGGUGAUGUGUAAGACAUUGUGAUUAAAGCAGUAUUUUUUUUUCUUCACCUGCUCCUCGGCCGGUGUCUCCCUCCUUUUCAUCAUCACUACUGUCUGAUUUGGCACCUCCUGUUGGCUUCAUUUGUGGAAAUAGCGAAACACUUGUCGUGAAGUUCUGUCUGUCUUUGGUGAGCGGUGUGCUGCACGUGUACACGAUGGCACUCUAUCCUCAGAACAUGAGAGAGUGCAUGAGGAGCAGACUGACUAAGCCAGUGAAAAAGAGGGCAAAGUUUAACCACAAUGUCUAAUACAGGGCCUGUGUUAGAGGGAGCAUUGAAACAUAUGUACUUGCACAAACACGACCAGAUGAAAUUCUUAGUCGCACACACUGAAAAAUUGUCUUAUAUGUGACCAUUUUGGUUGCAGUCUCGAGCCCUGUUGAUAUGAAAGAUGCUAAACAGCACGUUGGCCCUCUCCAUGCAAGUUUGAGUACAGAAAAACCCAUGAUAGAACAGUCUACCGAUAUAAAUUGUCAUGCACACUCUGCAGGAAGGAGUCUUUUUUUCACCCAAGCACAUUAACCCGAAGCAUAAGUGUUUAAUUAACAUGCUCAGUGCAUAGAUAUUCCCUUCUUUGUUGAGUCUCUUUGCUCAUGCAAAAUGAAACACGAUUAUUAUUGAAUAAAAAUGUAUGAAAUCUAAUCAUGAUUAAUCGAAAUUAAUCCACAGCAACCCUGUGAAUAAUCUGAUAAAAAAACAGCACUACUAAAAAUAUAAAGACAGUAUCAUAAAACAUUGAGUGUUGAUUAAAUAAAAACAUAUACCAAGAAGAAAAAUGUGUUUGACCUUUCUUGAGGAAAUUAUGGUCUAAGUGUAGCCGUGUAAUACAAAGUUCUGAAAUUGAACAGUUGCAGACAAACAAUAGUUCAAAUUUGUGUCAGGACCAGAGACAAAGCAGAGCUACAGAAAGGUCAAGGGGGAGCACAGCUUUAGUGAAUAAAGAUGUUGUAAAAGGAGGAAAUCCUCAGCUUUGAAACCAGCAGAGACACUCAGCUGCUGUAGAAAUGGCAGGGUCACUCAUGAGGAUCAGUCAAUAAAGGACUCAUUAUCUUUAAUAUAACCAAAUGUCAGAUAUAAGGUGCACAGAGCUCCACCUCUGUUGUGGUGAUGAGGGUCGGGGUCUUUGCUCUCUGACGCCUCCUGCUGGUCUCUUUGUACAGCGGAUGAAGUUCCUGCUGCUGCAGCAGAAGUAUCUGGAGUAUCUGGAGGACGGAAAGGUCCUGGAGGCGCUGCAGGUUCUCCGAGCUGAACUCACCCCUCUGAAGUACAACACAGAGAGGAUCCACAUCCUGAGCGGGUCAGUGGUCACACAGACACACACACACGCGCGUGCGCACACAAAUACACCCAUCACAGAAGGUGGUUUUAUUUAGUGUUACUCUGGUGAUCCUGGUUGAUGUUCAAAGUUUCAUCAUAUCAAACAAGGUGAAAAUACGUCCUGACUGGAGCUGUGGUGACAGUUUAGACCAAAGCUGGAGCUGGAUGAACCUUUGAGGACCUGACUGUUUGUAAAAAUGGAGGACAUGUUGGUCAAAAGUGAAGCCAAAACUCGACCCAGAAGUGGAUGCUGACUGAUCGUCUCAUUAGUAGUCAGCACAUGCAGAUAGAUAAAUAGAUAGAUCAACCCAUUCCCAUCUGCUAACAUGGAGAAGACAGGGUUUGUUAACCUAUAUCUUUGCCAGUCAGCAGGGGGAGCGCUAAAUGUUUUGGCUUCACUUUAGGAGACCUGUCGUAUCAUCUGUGGUCUCGAAACAUUCACAUUGAUGUAAUGAUGUCAGCAUUCAUGAUGUGGCGUUUAGGACUGAACUUAAACAUCCACACAGCAAACAGGACUUCUACAUGUGUGACGAUGUGUGUGUCAAUUCUGAUUCCUGCUCAGCUGAUAGUUUCAAAAGUUAGUUUGAAUCCUUCAGCUGAUGGACUCUUAACUGUUUAGUGUUGCCAACAGAAGCAGUGUGUUCAGUGUAAGUUUCCAGCUUGUUUUUAACUACUGUGAGGACGAUAUGUUUGUGAUUUUACUCCAAGGUUGUGGGCAUGUGCGUGUCCGCAUGUGUGUGUGUGUGUGUGUGUGUUGCAGGUACCUGAUGUGCAGCCACGCAGAGGACCUGAGAGCUAAAGCAGAGUGGGAGGGAAAAGGCACGACAUCCCGAACAAAGCUGCUGGACCGACUGCAGAGUGAGUGAGAGUGACUCAUACUCUGAUACUGUACAACUCACACACUGCCUCUGUGCUCCUAUUGUUAUCAACUCUGGCUGUGUGUGUGUGUGUGUGUGUGUGUGUGUGUGUGUGUGUGUGUUAGACUUCUUUAACAAAGAACAUCUCAAACACUCACGCUGCACAAAACUCUUUGGACCAACAGAGAAAACCAUCAGUGAAAAUAAAAACUGAAUCAAGUCUGAUGAUAGAGUUAAUGGAUUGCUUUCAUGACGUCUAAAAGUAUAUCCUGCCCGACAUUGUUGAGGGAUUUAUUAACAGCAGACUGUCCACAGGAUUAGGUUUAACUCUUUUAUGGUCAGCCUGAAAUAAUAUCGAAUCUAUCCAUCCAGGACACCCUGAACAAGUCGCCAGUUCAUCGCAGGGCUGACAUAUAGAGAAGAACAACCAUCCAUGCUCACAUUCACACCUAUGGGCAAUUUGAAAGUGGCCAAUUGACCUAACCCCACUUCUGCAUGUUUUUGGGAUAUGGGAGGAAACUGAAGUAAACCCACGCAGACACAGGGAGAACAUGCAAACUCCACACAGAAACGCCCUGACCCAGAUUCAAACCCAGGACCUUCUUGCUGUGAGGCGACAGUGUUAACCACUACACCACUGUGCCGCCCAAUAUCAAAUUUUUGUGCUCUAAAUCAUAUUAUUCAGAUAUUCUGCCUAACACAGAAAUGUUACACUUGUCUUUAUGAGAUAAGUGCAAAUGAGACAAAAAAUACUGUCGAAUUCACUUAACAUAUGUGAAGGGUUAAAUACUCCACAAACUGCUGCCAGUUCCUUUUGCACAUAUUCUGAUGGGCUAAACUGGCCCCCUUCUCUGCAAACAUCAUAUAGUUCUCUAACCCAGCUCUUUAGUUUGUACUGUCUGCAGGGAAAUGUUUGAUAUCCUGUUGUAGUACUUUCAUGAAUGUUUAGCUCAAACUCUCCAGAGAUCAUGAGUACAAUUCACCCGUAGGUGACCAAAAUGAAUAUACCUGUGGAUCCAUUCUGUCAUUAUUAUUUUGGUGUAAUCAGGUGUUAAAUCAGUGCAGGGUCCAGAAUGUCUGGAGCUGUUAUAUCUUCAUUAGGAAGCUUUUUUAUUAUCUGUAUCCCUGUAAACAUUUAUAUUACACCUGCCAUGAACAGCUGUAUGUGGACAGAUUUGUUAGGAUGAGAGCUCACAGCACAGCAGAGAGUUGAGGUGCAAGAGGAAACUACAAAACAAGAGCAAACUGCACAGAGCUGCAGACCUUUUCAAUUGAAUCAGACCUUGAGACUAUACAGAUAUGUAGAGGAUUUAUACAAUAGCUUUUAAUUAAAUUUGGUCUGGAAAAACAAUAUUAUAACAUUCAGUGAAAUAAACUGGUAAAACUGGUAAAAAAAAUUAUACUGCCAAUCAUAUCACAAUCCAGUUUUUUUUUAUUUGAUAUUUUCCGAUUGAAGACACAUCCAGAAAUUUUGGAGCAACAAAAUAUAUAAAACUGGUCAUAGAUGUUAUAUCAAACAGUUGAUGUGAGAUUAAACACACACACACACGCACGCACACACACACACACACACACACACACACACACACACACACACACACACACACACACACACACACACACACACACACACACACACACACACACACACACACACACAAUGUGUUCCAAAAGAGGCAAAUAGAGUUAUCUCAUCUUGUCCUGCCCCUUCUUACACUUUCUGCUGACAUAAAAAUCACUUAUUUUUCAGCCUCUAAUGAAAACAUCAAUAUUACAAGCAUGAAAACAAUACACAGUCAUAACAGUUUAUUGUUUGAACCCAUCCAUAUUAGUUUAUCAGUUAUUGUUUGUAAAAGCUUAUGAAUUCAUGAAGAGUAUUACAGAUUUUUACUGACACAUCUGGACCCCUUCACAGGUCGAGACCACAAAGUUCUUCAUACACAGCAGGUUGUUUUAAAUUCAGUUGUAAACUCUGAAAAUUGUUCCAAAUAACUUUAAAGUACUGCAGUACUUAUAUUAUUACAGAUCCAUCUCAGAGUUUGACUGAAUCAGAAACUCAAAAAGACAAACACUUCAACUUCUUUCAAACUGACUAAAUGUUCCUGGGAGCCAAAAACAGUGAUUCUUUUCAGUUUUAUACUAAACCAUCAAUUUAAAACCUUAAAGCUUUACCUGUAAAGAUCACGCACGAUCACAGGGUUUCCUCCCUGUGGACACAUGUAAACCAUCACACCACCCAGUCAGUCCGGUGUGUAUAAGUCUCCUCAGUGUGAUCACAGGUGUGUGAACUCUCUGAGCUGCUCUGACCAGGUCUCUCCUGACACUUUCCUCUAUACUUCAACCUUCCUCUCUGUGUCCUUCUGUCUGCAGCGUACCUGCCACCAUCCGUCAUGCUGCCUCCUCGCCGCCUGCAGACUCUGCUGAAGCAGGCAGUGGAACUGCAGAGGGACCGCUGCCUUUACCACAACACCAAGCUGGAUGGGGGUCUGGACUCUGUGUCCCUGCUUCUGGACCAUGCCUGCAGCCGGUAAGACAUUUACAAGAUCGACUCAGUUCAUAUCAGCGCCAAAGUUUUUUAUUAAAAACUCAAACCACACCAGGAUCAAGCCUCAGAGAACAGGAGCAGACUGUCUUUUUGUGAUUUGGAUGAUGUAACAUUUGAAUCUGUGUGUAUUUUAUAGGAAACAGUUCCCCUGUUACACCCAGCAGAUCCUAACUGAACACUGUAAUGAGGUCUGGUUCUGUAAGUUCUCCAACGACGGCACCAAACUGGCCACCGGCUCCAAAGACACCACAGUGAUCAUCUGGCAUGUUGACACGGUAACUGGACAUGACAUUCAGUGUUGUGCAAGUUCAGUUCACACAGGUUUAAAAGAGUCAAUCCACCUUCAUUUGUUCAAGCUCAAACCUAGAAAAAAACAUUUUCCUUUCGAACAAUGUGCCAUCUAAAGUCGUAACCUACAAUGGACCAGUUUACAAAAUCUUGAUUUUCAUGAGGGAUUUUCAUGGCGUGUAAAGCUUUGGAAACUCAGAGUCCUUUUUUUGGCUUAUAACCCACGUUUCAUCUCUGAGUUUUAGCUGUGAAAGUCUGAGGCUUUAGUCAAACUUCAGUGUGAUAUUCAGCCUGCAGAUCUCUACAUCCUCUUAAACAAACACUUCAAACUGCUGAGUAAACAGCAAGGGAGUUUACCCUCAGUCAGUCAGUUUGGUUUUCACCUGUCGGCUCCCCACAGGAAAAAAACAACAGCUCUGAAAACGUAGAAACGCACAGAGUUCUAUGGUUUGUUUAGCUGUAAUCCUCUGGAUAAACUCCCCUCACUUCCACUGGAACAGGAACCUCCUGUUACCAUGGUUACAUGUCAUACAAACAAUGAUCUGUUUACAUAAAUAAGACACAAAAAUCCCACCACUCCACAUCUUCUUUAGUGGCAUAUCUAUUUUUCUAGAUAUCUUCUAACCUUCAGUCUGAUGUUAAUUGUCUGAUGAGCCCCACCUCAAUGCAGCACUAACACAGGAAGCAAAGACCACCAGAGAGAGAAGGGGGUCCUUUUAGAAAGACUUAACCUCUCAGGGGAAUGUGAUCAUCAUUACUGUCUGCAGAGUGAACUACUCUGCUGUCUGUCUGUCUGUCUGUCUGACUGUCUGCUUUAUCAGCUGCUGAUUCAACCAACACCAUCAUUUUAGCACAUUCAUACAUAACGCUGAUUACAUCAUCACCAGGAGCUGAGAGUUUGGACUUCACAGACACUUAACUGUGUGUGCGUGUGUGUGGGUGUGUGUGGACAGGAGACCCAGCAGCUGAAGCUGAUGAAGACUCUGGAGGGUCAUGCAUACGGGGUUUCCUACCUGGCAUGGAGUCCUGAUGAUGCGUACCUGAUCGCCUGUGGUCCUGAUGACUGCUCCGAGCUGUGGCUGUGGAAUGUUCAGGUAUGUCACCUGGUCCAUUCAUGGAGAAGUCACACCAGGAACACAACAACCUCAAAAUAUAACCAGCAGUAGUAUUCAGACACUCAGGUCCUGUCGCCUUAUUUUACGUAUUUUUAAGUUUCGUGACUAACUGGUGCCAAAAGUCUGUGGACAUCCCCCUAACACCAGCUGAUCCUGCAGCAGUAAAACGGGCUGUGCAGACUGAAACAUGACCCCCCAAACUAUCAGCAGACAAAAACAGAGAUCUGAGCUCAGAGGACCCAGAAUCAUGGCUCUGCCUCUGAAUGUGGUGAUAUCAGAGACAACUCUGGAGGGUCUUCUCUGAUCACUUCAGUCUCACUCUGGUGUAUUUUCUGGCCAAAAUAAGACACUGUGAAUUCUGGUAAAAAUCAGCCCAACAGCAUCUCCAUGACAACCAGCUGUCACACACUCUGCACGAACUGUUGUAACACUACCAUCUGUGUCACAUUCACUGUCACUGUAAUACACACAUUAUAUGACACACAGCACUGCUCCUCAUCUUCAUCAAUUUUAUAUUCUUCAUCAUCACCAUCAUCAUCAUUAUCAUCAUCAUCAUCAUCACUAUCACCUUCAUCAUCAUAUCAUCCCACUCCCACUCUCAGGCAGCUCUAUCUUCUUCAUUCUUUUUUCUUCCUCCUCCUCUUCCUCCUCCUCUCAGCAUCUGUGCUGUCAGAGAUGAAGAGCAGACUCUGUGGAAGGAUAAACUUUAUCAGGAGUAAACUGUUUUUAUGGCCUCUGAUUGGUUGGUUCAGUCACAUGACAGACUGUUGAUCUGAGAGUAGAUUGUGUAGUAAAGUGUUUUUAUUGUGUAUGUGUUGUUGUGCAGACGGGGGAGCUGAGGACGAAGAUGAGUCAGUCUCAUGAGGACAGUCUGACCAGUGUGGCGUGGAACCCCGACGGCAAACGUUUUGUCACUGGAGGACAGCGAGGACAGUUCUACCAGUGUGUGAGUAACUCUGCCUCAUGUCCCUCAGUGUGUAUUUGUUGAUGGUCCUGAGCUCAGACCAGUAGGUGGCAGCAGUGAGCAGUUUUUCCCUUCCUUUAAGACCGGGGUUUCUCUGCACCCUUCUGAUGUUGUCCCUGAAUCUGUCUCUAGGACCUGGAUGGGAACCUGCUGGACUCGUGGGAGGGGGUCCGGGUGCAGUGUCUAUGGUGUCUAAGUGACGGCCGGACCGUCCUGGCAUCAGACACACACCAACGCAUCAGAGGGUACAACUUUGAGGACCUGACCGACAGAAACAUGUGAGUGAUGGGAGUGGGCUCAGGACGAAGGCCAUGACCCUCUGUUUUAGAGUCAUGCACAGGUGUUGGCUUUCUUUGCAGGUGUGUGUAUUCUGCCUGCCAAUGAUGCUUUGUGUUGUGUGGUUGCAGAGUGCAGGAGGAUCACCCCAUCAUGUCAUUUACCGUCUCUAAAAAUGGACGGUUAGCUCUGCUCAACGUGGCCACUCAGGUGAGCCCCCCGCUAACUUCCCCACAACAUCAGCUGGAUCUUACAGCUCUGUUUAGUUAGCUGUUUCUGAGAAUAAGCAUGAGGAUCAUUCAGCUUGUGCGCUCACUAAAUUUGUGCAAAAAAGAGAAUAAGAUCUCAUUUUAUCCCUUGAGUGCACACAACGGGUCAAGUGCACAGGAAAGUGCUGAAGUAAGCAUUUCUGGGAACUUAGGGUGUUUCAAAUUCUGCGCCGUGGUCCUUUUUGAUGCAAAUAAACAGCGUUGCAAAAAAAAAACUCAAACACUACUCCUUGAAAGGAAAUCUUCUCUGUCUGCUGAGAGUCGAUGGGAACUGUGCAGCAGUGUUUGUUGAUGUUACACUCAAACCUUCCAGGGAUAAUGACAUCAGUUUAAGCUCUGAGUGACCUGCACUGAUAUAUCUGUGUAAGUACUGCCUGCAAGAGAUGAAUCAGUCUGAAGGUAACAGUCUGAGACUCCACCCUGCGACUACAGUUAUCGUGCAAACUCAUUCAGGUGUUUGGAGACGAUCCAGAGCUGUUACCCAAAACCAUUUUUUUAAUCUAUGCAUGCUAGUUCUACUAACUCCAAAAAGAAGCUUUGCAUCAAGAUGAGCGCUCACUGCACAGCAAACUGUGCAGAGCUGCAGAGCUUCUAGGCCUGUCGGGAUAUCAGUAGUGCAGAACGCUUUGUGAAUGAGUUGUAGUCUAUUCUUUGUGAAGUCACCCAUGUGUGUCUAUGUAGGGGGUUCACCUGUGGGACCUGCAGGACCGGGUGCUGGUGAGGAAGUACCAGGGUGUGACCCAAGGCUUCUACACCAUCCACUCCUGCUUCGGAGGACACAAUGAAGACUUCAUUGCCAGUGGAAGUGAAGGUUAGAGGACAACAAGUUUUAACACUCAGAGAGCAGACAGACGACACACAGAGGAAUCAUGGUUCCUUCAGGCAUAGCAGAGCAGCUGUCUGAUGAUCAGGCUCAGUGUCUGCGUGGCUCUAUCACGGUUGUUCUGAUUGAAACAUUAGUGUGAGAAAUCUCUCAUAGUGACUGUAAGGUUUUAGAUGUUAGUACUUCCCUACCAACAGGAUGAAAGGAGGGCAGAAAGGGUCUAGAGCAGGAUGGCAGAAUAAAGAGCACAGGACAACAGGUACCAAAGCUCUGGCUUUUUACUGACACUUCAAACACCAAAGAAAGUCUCAACCACAUGCAGCAAAGAAAUACUCCUGGUAGCCAAAGAGGUUCCAAAAAUACGAGACCAAAAACAAAAAAGCACCAUCCUGUAUCAAAUGAAGUUGAUAUUGUGAUUUUUCUCCCUCAGUGAGGGGGAUGUAUUACAGAAGUGCAGUCAAGCUUGCCAAGUCGGAUAGAAAGUUAUCAGUCAACAACAAACCAAUAUGAGCACUUAAGUGUUGGCACAUGCAGUUACUAGUCAUCAACCAAAAAAAAAAACUGAUUUAAAAAGGUUCCUCUACAUUCAGUGUUAUAUAUUUGGGAAAUGUGUCAGCUGGACUUAAGAAAGAGGUAGAUAUACUUAUUACAAUACCAGCUGGUAGUAGAAAUACAACUACCAGAAAAUGGCUAAAUAAGGAACCGACUACAAUCACUGAAUGGAAGGAAAUAAUUCAGGAAUUUUAUAAUAUGGAACAACUGACAUUCUCUCCAAGAUAUGCUACUGGAAAAGGGGAAAAUACUGGAAAAACUGGAAAUCAUGCUGUCACCUGAGGACAUGUCUUUGUUCCUUGAGAAAUCUGCUCUGGAAUAUCCCUCAGGAGACUUUCAAGCUCAAGGGACAUUAUUUGAUUUGGAAAAGGUCGCUUAAUGUUUUAAGUAGAAAAUAAGAAUAAAGUUUUAAAAAAUACAAAUAUAAAAAGGUUCCUCUACAGAAAAUAGUGACAGUUCUUUAACCAUGGAAGCAAAAUAUUAUGGUAUAAUUAAUAAGUAGAGGUCUAUGUGAAGUGUCACCUAGCUGAGGGACAGUGUUCAGCCUCAGGUCCACACAGAGCAGAGGUGGUGAGUAAUCUGUGCUCACAGUGGAGGUGAGAAACACAUGUUCUGUAUCUGUAGGGAGGUCUCAGACAGGUAAAGGAUCAGUGUUUCAAUCAAACAUGUACCUUGUCUCCUGUUAGACCACAAAGUUUACAUCUGGCACCGGCGCAGUGAGCUGCCCAUCGCUGAGCUGACCGGCCACACCCGAACAGUCAACUGUGUGAGCUGGAACCCCGUCCUUCCCGGACUGCUGGCCAGUGCCUCUGACGACGGGACCAUCCGGAUCUGGGGACCUGCCCCCUUCCUGGACGUCCAAGAUGCAGAAGGACUCAAUGGUAUGAAGGUGAAAACCAGUGAGUGCUUAAUAAGAAACAUUGUGGGGAUAGGUCUAGUCUUCACUGAAAGAGGGGCUGCACAGUUCUAACACUGUUGGAUAGAUAAGCUCCCAGCCAGUGCAUUCAUCAUACCAACUUAGCAUGAAAGUUGGAACUACAUCCCAACAGAUUUGUUAAGGUCUUUUUUGGGGGGUCCAGGCUCAGCCCCUGCUGUUCCCUUAGAGAGACUAAGUUCUUUGCUCUCUCAGUUGAAUCUUUGUCUUCAGUGAUUAAGAGUUGAUUAUUGCUACAAAACAUCCUGCUAAAUUUGCUGUCUUGUGCGUCUCCAAAUGAGAAUAAAACACAUUUUAGACAUGGCGCUGUAAACGGUUUCAAUGGACAAAAAAACCUGAAAACCUGUUGUGUUUCUGCUGUCAACAUGCAUCAGGAAAAGCUCAUGAAAAGCUCAUGAAAAAAAAUGAGUGAGUCUUAUGUAGGUAGAGCAGAUUCCGACCCAAGAUGCACUUGCUGCAGUUAUGUAACUAAAUGAACUCUGCGUCUCUAAGAGGAAUAAAUUGCUUGUAUUUUAGGUGACAAAUUAGAUGUGAAAAGAGGUUGUUGAUAAAACUUGUAACAUCAUAAUUUUUAUCAAAGAAAUUAUUGGUGCACCAUAAUCACUUCAACAUAACACUUCAACAGUUUCCAACCACUUACACUCCUCCAGCAGCUUUAGGUUGCAUAUGUGGCUCAUUUCAUUUGCUUUUACAUGGGCUUUUGUGCUUUUUAUUAUCAAUGAAUGCAGAAAUAACAGAGUUUUAAAGCAUGUGUUAUCAAAAAGUAUUCACAUUUUCAAGAAAAUAUCUUUCUGAGGUCUUUGAGGGCCAACAACAAGACAGACUGCAGUCUGCCUAAGGUGAGCAGCAAAAGAGUUCUAGAUAUCCAGGUCUUAGUCUUUAACACAUGAUUCUCCUUUAGUUUUCUGGUUGGUAUCUCCUGACUUCUUUAGUGAGUAUCAUCUGCAUAACAGUCAGCAUUUCUACUUAAUGAAGUGUUUCCUCAUGGUAAAACUUAGUGGAAACAUGUACAAAGUGUUUUCUCAUGAAGUUACCUAGAGCAGUGGUUCUCAUGUCCAGUCUUCGAGGCCCACUGUCCUGCAUGUUUUGGAUGUUUCCCUGCUCCAACACACCUGAUUCAAAUGAUCAGCUCGUUAUCAAGCUCUGCAAUGGCUUAAUAAUGAGCUAAUCAUUUGAAUCAGGUGUGUUGGAGCAGGGAAACAUCCAAAACAUGCAGGACAGUGGAGGCUCGAGGAUUGGACUUGAGAACCACUGACCUAGAGGACGCAUGUAUGAAAUCAAAAGAAGUGAUCCGAGCAGUGAACCCAAUGUAACUCCAUAAACAACCUUAUGCUUACAGAGGAUUAUUGUUAUUGUUAUUAAAAAAUAUCAAAUUGUUGAUGAUGAUGAUUAUGAGGAUGAUAAUGUGCUUCUUAUCUCCUCUCAGAAUGUUGCAGCAUGGACAGCUGAUGAUUCGUUGCCAUGGUGACCCUAAGGCGCACUGAGACUCUUAAAACUUAAAGUGAUGCAGCGGGGAACACUCUGGUGAUUGGACAGCUGCUUUCUGGGGGCCGGGGCCUAUGGUGCUGCGUGUGCAGCAAGGUGAAGCUGGGCUCCACCUCCAGUAUCUGACUCACCUCUCCUUCUGUGUGGACCCUCAGCCCCCCCUGGACCAUCCCCUUCCCCUCGCCUCUUAUUUAUUAUCAUCUACGUUAUUUAUUGAUGAGUAGUUCACUGACCGUGGGGGAUCUGUGUUCUGUCUACAGUCUGAAGAACUGUUCCCCUCUGAACCUUUUAAGAGAUUUUAUCUACAGGAACAUUUGAUGGAUGUAUCACCACCUUGAAGAGUAUCUUCUAAAUGCAAAAUUCUACGUUAUCUUGUCCUUUUUUAGAUGCAGAAUAAGAGUUUUAUUAUUAUUUUUCCUUCAGCUUCUAGUCAGAGAAAGCGUAGUGUUGGUGAGCAUGUUGCACAGACAGGACGAUGUGUUUGAUGGCUUACACUCACAGUUUGUCUCAUGUGGAGUGAUGCAUGGUUAGCUAAACAUGUAUAGCAGCUGGUGUGUGAAAUAAUCAAGUUUAAAGGAUCACCUGUCAGCCCUUACCUGUGCACACCUGAGUGUAUUUUCCUUGAUAAUGCCACAUCUCUAACCCAUCUUGAUUGCUCUGUUUACCCUGCACUCAAACAGCAGUCCUCUUAUGAAAUUCUUGCUUUGGUUUAGCUGUUACAUGUUUAAACUUUUAUUUAUCACACAUAUAAUUUUUUAUUUCUGGUAUGGAGCUGUUACAUUUAAGGACAUACCCCCUAUAUCAAACAGGGCCCCAAAUCAAUCUCUCAUGUUUCAUAUUUAAAGCUGAUGUUUUUCUCUGUCUUUCAUAUUGUCAACAAAUCCAGUUGCAAACCAACUCUGUACUGAAGGUAAAACUGACAGUUUUAAACCUCAGAGUAAAAAUAAAAAUCAUGUGUUUGUUGCAGGUUUAAGAAAACAUAAAUGGUGCUUUUUGACUUUUCAAAUUUAUCUUUGAAAUACACAUCGAAUUAGAAUUUCUCUUUUUGUUUUCUUUCUUGCUGUUGGUCCACAGGAGCUAGUAAAAUCUGACAGAACACAUUUGAAGUGGAAACCAAUGUUUUUAAGCUCCUCUGUGGUUUUAAAAAAGCACUAAAAUUGGUAUUAAUGCCUCCAUACAAUCUAUAGGAGCAAAAAAGAACAUCAGCAUUAAGCCUCACCUGUUUUAUUGCAUUCUGACAUGAACACAAGGAAAAAACAGUCAGUAAGUUUACGUGUUAAAAAUGGAUUGAUAGCAUUAGUUAUACCGAAACUGGACUUCAGAGUACAUGUAAACACAUCAGUCUGACUGAAAUCACAGUAGAUUAAUCUUCUCUGACUUAUGUUGAUCAUGCAGUAGAGAAUAAACAGGGGGAGCCAAAAACAAAACAAACUGAGAGUUCCUCAGAAACUUUAAGAUGAGUAGUGGUUUGAACUUCUAUAAAUAACAUUUUAAUAUGAAAUGAGGAAACACAGUUUGUAUUGUGGGGACUACACACAGAGGCGGAUGAAGACACAUGGUCAUAGUAUUGGAUUUGUUGGCUGUAAGAAAAACAAAGAAUAUCAUUGGUUAAUCCUUUCAAAUGCAGUGAGUGAAGCCAGGCGGUUCAUUUCCUUAUUGUCUGAAUCAUCGACUGGAUAUGAGGAGUGGAUUAACAACUGUGAUGUCAGCCCACUCUGUGUAAACAUGGACAAAGUCUCAGUGACACCAACUGUUAGUCUCUGAAGAGGCGUUAAAAAGCUCAAAGAUGGAGGUUGCCAUAUUGGAAAUGUUAACUCAACACAACAAACCCACCUGUCACUCAAAACAGGCCACACCCCUCAUUACUUCUAACUAUUGUCAGCUGUUAGGUCCCAGUCCAAAGAGAUAAAACCCAAACUGUUUUUGUUCCAGGCUGUAAACAUACUUAUUCCUGCUAAAAAGUUUUAACAUGGGGCUCUAUGGGAACAGACUCACUGUCAAAGACAGCCUCUAGUGGACCAUUUGGGAACUGCAGUUAUUGGGACUUCAGUACUGGCUUCACUUUUCAGCACUCGAGUUGGGUGUGCGAAAGUAACCGUAUUUGGAUAAGAGGAUGGAGCUGACAAGGAGCGAGAGGGUUAGCAACUUGCAGAUUGUAGAUACCAAUGUAGGAAUUUUACAAAGGUUGGACCCUACUCUAACCGGAAUAUAUGCUUCAGAGAGUACUUAAACACAACCAAAACUCUGAACAUGACUUUUCCUGUCAGAUGUUUGAAUUACCUGUCAGUUCCAGGUAUCCUCGGUCUAAAUCCUCUCCUCCUCUCUAGUCUCUGUGACUCUAAAUGGACCAUCAUUUGUUGUAUGAACAUCAUGCUGAAUGAAAGAAGACUGAAAACUACAGACCGAACUCAUCAGGUGAAUGUUGACUGAGGGAAUAGACGGACGAUUUUCUCAUUGACUUUUAUACAAUCAGUUGCCCCUUGCUGGAGCUCAGAGAGACUGCAGACUGAACGGUCAGACUUCCUCCUGUAUCCAGUCUAUGUUCAGAUUCCAAUGCUUGUUGGUUAGGGGGCUCAGUGACAGGAUGAUGGGCUGCUCUCUUUCACAGGUGGGAACACGUUUGUUCACAGGUGUAACAUACAGGUAUUAUCAAUGUGUACAAAGUGUUUCCUUUCAGAGUAAAAGAACAAUGUUGCCUGACAUGCUGUUGCGUUGCAUAUUGCGUUGUAUAUGUGCUGUAUUUCUCUAUGUUUUGGCAUGUACACAUGGCAGACAGGAGGGUGUGUGUGUUUCAGGGUUCCCACACCUGCUUUUUAAUACAGACAGCUUUGUACCAAAACCUCCGACUGCACUGAAACACACACAGACUUUCAACACAGUAAGCUUAAUCUCAGCAGCUACUUUUCCAGUUCAUCCUCAGAUGUUUAUUCCAUGUAUUUUUCCUACACCUCAGCAGGACUGUCAGUGGGAACCCUGCUCAUCUGCCAAACAUCCUCACAGCCAUCACAGACACACAUGCUCCAGCUACACAACCAUAGAUGUCUAACACACAGACACAGACACGCACUGAUGUCACAGCUGUGAUGUUUCUAGUUUCUGCUUCUGUGAAUACAUUCAGUUUGAGUAUUUCCUGCUUCUUCUUCUUCUCUUCUACUUCUUCUUCUCUUCUUCUUUUUCUUCUCGCUGUAAGAAGCCAAAGUAGGAACUCUGUUUGCUUGCAGGCAGUUUCUGCCACAAACCGUUUUAUAUUUUAAAUGUUAUUACAACCAGUGAUUGUACUGUUCUGUAUCGUUCUGUAGGACAAGUGUUAUGUAUGCAUAUUUUAAAUAAAGCAUUCAGGGGUUGAAAAUCUCCUUUACAUUUAAAUACUCGUCAUUUAAACAGGUGGCUGUCCCUGUUCUCAUUUUCACAGUUUUUAUUUCCUUUAUUUGGUUUGAGAGGUUUUUGUCCUCUCAUCUACUCC